UGACCGAGUUCCGAUGACCUGUUCUUUUUGAUUGUUCAAUCCAAUUAUGGUGUAUAGCGGAUCCCUAUAUAUAAAAAAAAAUCCUUGAUAAAAGAAGUAAUUACCAUAAUUUUUUUUAAUUAAAAAAUACGGAGUAAUAAUUAGCAUAAUCCUAUUCCUCCCUUAAACCUCUCUUUAUCUCCCAAACUUUCAAAAUUCUCACCAAAUUCAAACACCUCCAAAAAAAAAUAUAAAAAUAAAAAUAAAUCAUCACAAAAUCAACCCAAAUUUAAAGAACCCAACUUCCAAUCACAAUUCCGCAUAAAAGGAGACUCCACCAUAUCAAAUCCAAAAUAUUUAAAUCAAGAACACUUAAUAAGUUACCGUUUUAGAGGGAGAAAGAGAGAGAAGAUGGAGGCAUGUAUGAUCGAGUGUUCAAAAAAGUUAGCGUUAUGGUGUACAAUAACAUUCAAACCUAUAAUGACCCAUGAAGAGUUGGAACCCAUCAUGGCUACAUUGGGUUUUAUGGUCCAAUCAGAGACCCCCUGUGUAAACGGUGUCGUUUGGAAGGAGUAUACACACCCCAGUGGUGGUUGUCAGAAUUUGUCUUUGUUGUCCCCGCCGCCAAAGGUGAAACUUCCUAGUCAUUUAAUUAACGGUCGACAUAGAAUCGACGGUCUACAUGUAUACACAUAUCAUGCUUUCAUCAAGGGCGUGAAAUUUUACCUUGGGAUGGAUGAUAUCUCUAAUCUCUUUCAUGUCAGGGGAAUGCCGCUUCAACCGAUGUCAGACCGGAACAAGAAGUUUCGUAGAAUGGAGGAAGAUGAAAGUGUGUUUAUUUACAAAGAAGGAACCCUUGAUCAAUCUGCCUACAGUCUCUAUCAAUUGGACAAGAACAAUGUUAAUAGUAGUAACAAUGAUGAGCAUAAAUCCAUCCACAUUCGUGACAAGGGUAGCAACAUUACUAUCGGCAACGUUAUACCCUUGAAAGAUAUAAUUGGUUUUAAGGGAUUAGCUCCGUAGAUAAACUGCAUAGUACAUUUUCUGAUAUGUAGAUUUGUAGAGAUAAGAGUUAGUCAAUUUAUGAAUUAUUUGGAUAGUUGUUUUUAGCUUAAUACACAUGAAACUAAACCAUGUGUGUGUUAUUCUCUUAGAGAGUUAGAGGUAAAUAGAAUAUGGAAAAUGAAGUUUUGUUUAUGGAUUGAUCAUUGGUGUACUAAUUAAUGCUAGUAGUCCAAAUAAGUUCGGUUAUGAAGCCCAUUGGGCAUUGGACCAAUACAAAUUGACUUCAA